GGCUGCGGCUGGCGGGUGCGUGACUGCGCGUAACUGCGCAUCUAACAAAAGACCGAUUACCGUGGGACACACACACACACACACACACACACACACACACACACACACACACACACACACACACACAAACACACACUGCUCUGUCUGCCGACAACAGACCGGCGCGUUUGGCUUUAAAACCGACUCUCCUGCAUAAAUGUUUUGGUUUGUGUGGAUCUUCCUCACCGCUACGGCGGGCUCCGCGCUCGGCCACCCCACCAUGGACAUCGCCCGCCCGACUAAGCGGACCCAGCCCUGCCUGGCCCCACUGCAGUGGGAGGGCCGGUCCGUGCAGUACAACCACAACACGGGUCGCAACACCCGUGCGGACAUGUCCUACGACGCCAAGAACCAGAGGCUCCGGAUCCUUCAGCAGCACAAGAAACACACCCCGUGUCAGAAGUAUUUCGAGUUCAUCUUCCUGUUCCAGAGCGGUCUGAUGUUCCAGAUCGAGACUAAGACCCAGCAGUGCUCCAAGACCACCCUGACGGGGCCCUGGGACCCCUACGACAUCCCCUCCAACUCCACCUUCGAGGACCAGUACUUCAUCGGGGGGCCGGGCGACGUCCUGGAGGUGCAGGAAUGGUCAGACAGGAAGCCUGCGCGCAAACACGAGGCGUGGGUGGGGGUCUACACCCUGAAGGACUGCUACCCGGUGCAGGAGACCUACACCCUGAACAGCAGCGUCAGCACCUCCACCCGCUUCUUCGACCUCCAGCUUGGCAUCAGCGACCCCAGCGUCUUCGUCCCGCCCCCAACCUGUCAAUCAGCCAGCCCUCAUAGACUGGAGGAGGAGGGCUGCUGAGACCGGGUCCCGCCCCCCACCUGUCAAUCAGCCAGCCCUCAUAUACUGGAGGAGCAAGGCUGCUGAGAUCGGGUCCCGCCCCCCACCUGUCAAUCAGCCAGCCCUCAUAGACUGGAGGAGCAAGGCUGCUGAGACCGGCAGACAUUUUGUUCUGAUUAAAGCUAUUGGUUAUUAAUGUGAAACAUUUAGUAUAACGGAGCAAGAUUGAUUGAAUAUUGCUGUGAAAGAUUGAUUAUUAAUGAGAAACAUGGAUUAUUGCUGAGUAAACUUGAUUACUACUGAGAAAGAUUAAGAGUCAAAAUGAAUUAACUGUAAUAAACGUAGUUAGUCUAUGUUCCAACCUGUUUAUCUCCUGCUGUGUUUCAGUCACCCAGGGCGGGUUGGGGCUGUUCAGCUUCACCGAGAGGAAAACACCACAGCUCUGUCACGGGGACGCUCAGGGGAAGUGAGGCACAGACGGGUCGGUUUGGACCGGUUCUCAGUGGAGGAGGAUAUUUGGGAGAACUGGUUGCUCCAAUGAGAUGGGGAAAUGGGGCUUCACAGCAGAAGUGGAGAGCAGUAUUAGGAACUGAAAGAUUAAGAAACUACACCACAGAGAUAACAAAGGGAUUAUUUAGUCUAUUACGCUAUUACUGCUUCCUAUAGCAACGCUUUGAGGUGGAGGAUGCGUUUACUCGCGUGACGUCUAGAAUUGACCUAAUUUAAGUUCUUAUUUAAGUUGAUUUUAAAUACCAGGCUGAACAACACAGUUUAGGUUAGCAGGGGGAGAACGUUUGUGAUUCAGUCGUGACAAUCCAAGCCAUAGUAACAAAGUAGUCCAAUAUAUUACCUCUUGAUUUGCAUAAUUCUGACUACGGAAUUUUGAUGCAAACUGACUUUUUCUGUGACGUUUCUGAAAUCAUUAGCCUUAAGCUUUACUGUUCAAUAAAAGUGAUUAAUUAACAAGUGUAACCUUUUUUCGCCU